CACACGUUCCUCACCCACUCGCACACACAAACACACGCACAGAGAGAGAUCUGAAGCACAGGUAUGGCGUCGAUUAUUGUGACCAUUGCUGGUUCUGUGGCAUCAAUAUCAUCAACACACGCUGCUCACCGGAACUUGUACUCGAGCCGGAGCAGCCGCGGCGGAGGGCGGAGGCGACUGGCCGUCGUCCGAGCAGAAGCCGGCGCUGAACCCAUAAACCCGGCCAUCAGGAAGAGCGAGGACAAAGUCGUCGACUCUGUUCUUCUUUCUGACCUUGCCAAGCCCCUCACUGCCUAUUGCAGAUGUUGGAGGUCAGCCACUUUUCCUCUGUGUGAUGGAAGUCAUGUUAAGCACAACAAGGCAACUGGAGAUAAUGUUGGUCCUUUGCUCUUAAAGAAGCAGUAGAAAUUAUUCUUUUUUUUUUUCUAGCUCUUAUCAAUUAUCAUUGCAUCAGCUUCAACUCUACAUUCUCCUAAUGUCUUGAUCUAUCAUUUUUUUUCUUCUCUCAAUAGUUUAUUUAUCUUGUGUUUUGUUCGAUAUAGUGAAUCGGUUUAUUGUUUUAAGGUCUUUUUUUCUUAUAAUAAUUUUUAAUUCUCUCCCUUGAUUUGA